AUCUUAAUGCCAAGCUCACCAAUCACAAGAGAGAAGUCUCAAGAACAACUCACCAAGUCAUCUCAUUUCCCCAUACCUCAUUAUUAAUUUCUCUGUCUCCUCUAUAUUUUAUUCUCUCUUUGUGUUUUAUUUUUUUUAUUUUUGAGAGAAAAAAAUUCUUCUCUUUUGGGGAUAGAUUCCACACCAAUUUGCUGUACUUGUCAAGGUAGAAGAAGCCAAGAACUGUUUCUGGAGAGGAAAAAGAUCGAUUUUUGGGUUGGUUGGGCGGAGAAAUCCCAAGAUAUUGCAACUGGGGGAUCUCGGGAGGAGGAUUUGCUCGAGUUCUUGCUCCAAUUUGGGCUCGAAUCUGCCUCGGGAACCGCGAGGGAGAAAAAAAGGAGCAGCCUUUCGAGCUCGCAGUGGUCGGAGGGCGCGGCCUUGGAGCGGUCGGGAGGGGCGUGUGGCGUGGUGAUGCCGCGGCGUGCUUGAUUUGGUUGAGCGAGCGAGCUCGAUUCGUGGGCGGCGGCGUGGCGUCGCCGGAGAUGGGGUCCAGCGGCGAGGAGCUGCUCAAGAAGAUCCGGGAGCUGGAGGUGGGGCAGGCGCAGCUCAAGCAGGAGAUGUCCAAGCUCAUCCCGCCCGUGGGCGGCGGCGGCGGAAGCAGCGCCGCGGAGCGGAGGAGGUCGCAGUCGGUGUCGCCUCGCCGCGGCGCGCCGCCGCUGCCGUCGACGCCGGCGAGGCGGCUGCCCGGGGCGUUCGAGGGGGGCCCGCGCGCCUGGGCGCGCGGCUCCGCGUCGUUCCCGCACUCGUCGCCGCUGCAGCGCGAGGGCCGUGCUGCCGGUGCCGCCGCGGUGGCCGCGGGCGGCGGGUUGACGGAGAAGCAGUACGCCAGGGCGCUGCAGUCGCUGGGGCAGUCCGUCCACAUUCUUGACCUCGAUGGGAGGAUCAUAUACUGGAAUCGAUCUGCAGAGAAACUGUAUGGUUAUCCAGCAUCAGAAGCACUUGGUCAGGAUGGCCUCAUGCUGCUGAUUGAUUCCUGUGAUAUUAAUGUUGUAAAUGACAUCUUCCGACGCAUUUCCUUGGGUGAGAGUUGGACCGGAAAGUUUCCAGUUAAGAACAAAGCAGGAGAUAGAUUUUCAGCCGUUACCACCAACACUCCUUUUUAUGAUGAGGAUGGCAGUUUGGUGGGCAUUGUUUGUGUUUCGACUGAUUUGCGCACAAUGGAGGAGAUAGUCAGUAGCCCUUCAAUCUCUGCAAGGCCCCAUCCAGAAUCAUCUAGGCCCUUUUGUGAAGCUAGUUGCAGCAACAACAACCGCAAAUCCAAUUUAUUGAGCAGAAGCCCAUUUGACUCUCAGCAACCCUUGCAGUCUACUAUUGCCUCCAAGAUAACAAAUUUGGCUACGAAGGUCACAAAUAAAGUUCGUUCUCGAGUCAGGACUGAUGAGAAUGGCAUGGAGCGGGAAGGUGGUAGUGGUGAGAGUCAUUGUUCAGAUCGUGAUACAAAGGAGGAGCCAACAUCAACUGGAACAACUACGCCAAGAGGGGAUGCACCACGUGGAGCCUUUGCUACCGAAGAGAAUUCCCCUGGGAAAUCCACCAAAGCAAACAGUGAUGAAUCAGAAGGAAAAAUAGGGCUCCACAAGAUCUUGAGUUCAAAGGCAGAGGCACUGCUGAACAAGAAAGGGAUAUCAUGGCCUUGGAAGGGGCGGGAGAAUGAUGGACCUGAUGUGAAGAAUCAAGUGGCCUGGCCAUGGUUGCAUGGGGAGCAAGAUAGCAGCCAGAAUCAUCAGAAAUUUCCUGAUUCUGCCAUAACUCAAGAUGGUCAAGGUGCUGAAUAUAACCAACCUAACAAAAACGAGGCAUCAGGUUCCUGGUCCUCUUUCAACAAUAACAGCACAAGUAGUGCAAGCAGCACGGGCAGUACUAAUAGCAGUGCUCUUUACAAAGUAGAUCAUGAAGCGGACUGUUUGGAUUAUGAGAUCCUGUGGGAAGACCUUGUCAUUGGAGAACAAAUAGGUCAAGGUUCGUGUGGAACAGUAUAUCAUGCUUUGUGGUAUGGCUCGGAUGUGGCUGUUAAAGUUUUCUCUAAGCAAGAAUAUUCAGAAGAAGUGAUACAGACCUUUCGACAAGAGGUAUCCCUUAUGAAGAAGCUACGGCAUCCUAAUAUACUGCUCUUCAUGGGUGCGGUUACAUCUCCACAACGUCUCUGUAUCGUAACAGAGUUCCUCCCGCGUGGAAGUUUGUUUCGCUUACUUCAAAGAAACAAUACCAAGUUGGACUUGAGACGACGUGUUCACAUGGCUUUAGAUAUUGCAAGGGGCAUGAAUUAUCUUCACCAUUCCAGCCCACCAAUUAUUCAUCGGGAUUUAAAAUCAUCCAAUCUUUUGGUUGAUAAGAACUGGACUGUGAAGGUUGCAGACUUUGGUCUUUCACGUCUCAAGCGUGAAACAUUCCUCACAACAAAAACUGGAAAAGGAACGCCACAAUGGAUGGCUCCAGAAGUGUUGCGGAAUGAGCCUUCUGAUGAGAAGUCUGAUGUUUAUAGUUAUGGGGUUAUACUGUGGGAGCUCGUCACUCAGAAGAUACCCUGGGAAAAUCUUAAUUCGAUGCAGGUCAUUGGUGCCGUAGGUUUCAUGAACCACAGGUUGGAGAUUCCUAGUGAAACAGAUCCUCAGUGGACAUCACUUAUCCUGAAUUGUUGGGAAACUGACUCGCAACUCCGGCCAUCGUUCCAACAACUUCUAGAGAGACUUCGAGAACUGCAAAGGCAGUACAACGUCCAGACCCAGAUGCAGCGAAAUGCAUCCGCCGCUGCGAAGAACAGCAUUGAGGAAUGAAGAUCCCAUACGAAUGAUCUAUCAACGACAAUUUCGCAGGCGGUACAGCGACAUGCUUAGCCUGAUCAGGAUUCACAAUCACACCUGUGUGGCUGCUGCUGCUGCUGCUGGUUGAUACAAGCCAUUGCUGAAGAUUGUGCAGAUGAGGAGCUGCCUCCUGUAAUUCCCUGGCCUGAAAGUUCAGUUCCAACCUGCAGCAGCUUCAGAAUCCUGACCAAGGUAGAGUAGUGAGCUGAGGCUGGCACUUCUGGUGAAUUCUUCCAUGACAACCCCUCCUGAUUAACACCUUGUCGGAUGUUGAUCAAAGCUUGAAUUCUGUAACACGAAGGCGAUGAUGAUCGACAACCAAAUUGUAUUCAGAGUUGCUGGUCCUGAUCAUGCAUGAAAGUUGCAUCAUCAGCAUUGUAAGGUUCAACUUGUUUUUUUUUUUUGUUCUGCACUCUUCUGCUUCCUGUCACUGUAACCAUGUUCUUCAGAGUCCAAUGACAACCACAUCAUUCUUGCUGCUUC